AUGCAUUAUAAUUUGGAUUAUAGACCAACAAUUAAUUCUUUAAUUUUGGAUGGAAAUCUUUCUGUUAUUUUGAAAUCUGCUGUUGUCACAGGUAUCAUUAAAGUACCAGCAACAUCAACAUUAUUAACAGAUGAUGUUGAUUUCAGUAACGCAAUCAUUAGAAUUGAAGUUAUUCCUUCUGUUUCUGCUGGAAGUGCAAUUCACAAAAUAACUAUUUAUAAGGCAUCUUUUCCAUUAUUAGUUGAAGUUUAUAUAACUGAUCUUGAACUUGUUGAUCCUGAUAAUUUACAGAAUCUUUCGAUUGUUAAAGCAGGAACACCAGAAAACUGUGAAGUAUGGAUGAGUAAAUUGAUAUUAGUCAAUGAUCAAUUCGUUUCUGGUAAAGAUCGAAUUGUUUCAACUCCAACAAUUGUUAACUCUUCAAUUCACCUCAAAUUUAAUAAGAGUUAUGAUAAAGGAUGGGCAACAGUUUCAAUUGUUGUAAUUACAUUCCUUUCUGCAUUCAUUAUUGCUUUGAUUAUUUCGAUAAUUGUCCUUUUACUUAGAAGGAAGAAAGUUGUCAAAUCAUCAAUCCAGUUCCAAACAAUAUCUGAUUGA